AUGGCCAUGGCCGUGGACGAGCAGCCGUCGCACCCGUACCACCGCUGGGGCCUGCCCCUCGAGAGCGGCACGGGGCACAGGUUAACCCCGAGGGCUAACGAGCCCAUCUACGUCACGGACGUCUUCCUCGUCGACGCGGAGAGCGCCGGCCGCCAGGGUGCCGUGGCCGCCUGCGUCGAGAUCGGCACGCGGGACCUCCUGCUCGGGCUGGUGUCGGCGGAGAACCCCCACGUGGAGCUGCAGACCCCGGUGAUGCUGGACGAGGAGUUUCGCUUUUACGUCAUGGGGCCCGGAGACGACGCCAACGCCGAUGCCGGCACAGGCGCAGACACUGAAGACGAUGCCGACGCCGACGCCGACGCGGCAGUCGUCAUGUUCGAGGGUUUUCUUGUCACAAACACGGAGGAGGAGGCUGCCGACGACAAGGAUGAGGAGUACGAGGAGAGGGAGGAGACCUACGGCGAGCUCGACCGAUACGUGCCCAGGGCGAGCAGUGCCGGCGGCAUCUCCAAGGACGCUCGGCAGGUUGUAGCCAUAACUAUAGCAUUCUUAGGAAUUCUGGUGUCUGUCUCUAUGUUAGCAUCCCUCGGAUUGAUAAAGUAA